UUCAUUCAUCCUGGUGGAAGCAACCUUCUCGUUUCAGGGGAUGUGGUGUAAACAUGUUUUUUAUAAGUGUUGUGGGGGGCUCGGUGUCAGAGAGGAAAGCAGAGGGGGCUAAAGUUACAGUGGAAAUAGAGGGAUAUUCUGGAGCUGCCGGGGUGCAGCACAGAUGCAAACACUGCAUUUCUGCAGACGACGCUCACCACAAGGAGGACACCAGUAUCAACACUGAGCAGGAACUGGAACCUGCUGGACUGAAAAGCUUUUCCAAGCUGGAGUUGGGGAAAUGCAAGAAAAGCUUUUUUUUUUUAAAGCUGCAAAGUUCACUAACAAAUGCACCAAAGAAUCUAAUCGGAUGUUUAUAAAGCGUACAGAUUGUAUCCAUAUUUGGUAUGUUUAGCGCAUUUGCACAGUCUCUUCUGGACCAAACAAGAUGUUGGAUUGCGUCCACUAACAGCCAGUCCUCACCUUCUGGAGAUGUUGGUGCACUUUGUAAAGGAGGACACCAAAUCACAUGAAAGAUUGUCUGCUGACGAGGUCUGAAGUUCUUUCUGCAUUCGUAGCAGGCCCUCUUGUGCUCGUCUGUGUCUGCUGUCGCUCCUGGACUGAGAUGUUUUUCAACACGGCGUUGGUGUUUGUGACAGACCUGGCGGCCAGGUUGCUGGGUAACUGGCUGUUCCGGCAGCACUUCCAUCUGCUGCUGUCUGCGGUGGUGCUGUUCGGCCCGGCUCUCAGCCUCUGGGUGUCCCCCCACAGCGUUUUUGCCAGGAAAAGCCACUUCCUCUACAGGUUGUUCCUGCGUUCUGGUUGGGGGUGGACGUGCAUCUUUGUUGGUUCCUUCAUCUUCCUCUUUUCUUUCUCCAUCCGCCGUUCCCUCUCUGUCUCCAUCCGUCAUCUCUCCAGGCUGGCGGUGGCCGGUGGACUGUGGAUUGGUUUCUGCAAACUUCUGGACCUCCUGGAGAAUGCCACAGGAAGCUGCUAUGAAACUUUAAAUGCGGGCCUGGAAGUCUCCAACGGUCAGCCUCUGCUGGUGCUGAGGGAAGGGGAGAGCAGGUCUGAGUGCCUGAGGGCCAGGAUGCUGUGGAGGGGAUAUGAGGUUUCAGAAGACGUCUUCCUCCUCUGUCUGUGCUGUCUGCUGCUGGCAGAAGAAACUGCAGUGUUCGGUCCAUAUCUGAGCCUCGGUGGGGUCUCAGAUGCCCCUCUGAGGAUCCUCUUCUUGUUCUGUGUUCUCCUGCUGGGGCUUUGGAUCUUUCUGCUAUUCUGCCUCUUAGCUUACUUCCCUCAGUUUCCUACCCAGUUGCUGGGGGGAGCUUUAGGCUGCCUGAGUUGGAGGGCGUUGUACCAGGGCUGGUUUCGCCUGGGGCCCAACUGGUUUUGUCCUGGGAGGCCCGGUCAGGGGCUACUUAACCCCAAGACAAACACCUCCCUGCAAGAGGAGCCACUGAACCACAACCACCACAGCUGACCGCUGAAAACGUCUGACUUCUGCAACAAAAAAAAUAAAUAAAUGGACAAAAAUCCAUCUGUGGAACUCCUUAAAUAAAUAAAAAAUAUUGAACUUUGUCAAUUUUCCUA